AUGGCCGUUGGCAAGAAAAGCGUUGUGGUGACCGGCGGCGCUUCUGGGAUCGGUCUAGGUAUUACUCGAUCAUUUGCAGGACAGGGAGCACACGUAUCCAUACUGGACGUCAACAACGAGGGAGCAAGUAUUGUACAGGCAUUAUCGACCGAAUUUCCUGCGGCGAGCUUUUCGUUCAAGAAAGCCGAUAUUUCGAAAUGGGAUGAACUGGCGGCUAUGUUCGAGCAGAUUUAUCAAGAACAAGGUCGAAUUGACGUGGUCAUGGCCAACGCUGGCAUUUCGAGGGAAGGCAAACUCAUCAUGGACGAGGAGAAGCCGUCCGAACCGAUCCUGCGUACCCUGAACGUGAACUUGACGGGGACGAUAUACACGGUCAAAUUGGGUAUCCAUUACGUUAAGAAAAACGCGGCAACGGGUGAUGCCGCAACUGCUUCCAAAGGCACAAUCAUCUGUACCGCGUCGAAUGCCGGUCUGUACCCUUUCCCUGUGGCACCAAUUUAUGCCGCCUCCAAAUUUGGUGUCGUUGGACUCGUCAGAUCGCUCGCCCGGCCACUGGCACAGGAAGGAAUUCAGAUCAACGCUUUGGCACCGGCUGUGCUAGAAACCAAUAUUGCCCCAAGUAAAGACCUAUUCAAACCGAUGAUACUCACGCCGAUGUCGACGCUCACAAGAGGAGUCCAACAGCUGGUGUCUAAUCCCUCUCUGACCGGACAAAUUGCUGAGAUUCAUGGUGAAAAUGUAACGUUAAGUCAACCACCGCCAUAUGUUGAUGAAGACACUGGCAAAAACAUCGAGACCUUCUGGACCUUGGGGUAUGCGUAA